GGAGAUACGAGACGCUCAGUUCACCAGUAGAUGGAAGGAGAGACAGAUGUGCUCUUGAGAGAGAGACAGAUCAUAAACACAGACAAGAAAAUCACAGACGGAUGUAAGAAAGAAGAACAGAAACACACGGAGGAGUCUGAUCUUACAGGAAUAUAGGAGAUACAGAACGAGUGAACGAGAAAGAGAUGAAGAGAUGCAGAGAUGAAGAACAGUCCGUUCACCUACACAACACUCUGUAAUGAAGACAGGCAAACAAUGAAUUUGAAGACUUUGACACUGGAUUGACGGAAAGACGGAUGUGAAAAGGGAUUUCUGACCAAUGCGAUCACUUCUAAUUCUGUGGAAUACAACUUCCCAAAACACACCAAGGAAUAAUCAUCUUUGUUUUAGAUAGUAUGCUUAUAAACGAAGGCCACACCCCCUCCAGCUCCUCCUCAGGGGGCUGAGCCAAUCAGCAGAGGUCAUGGGCCGACGGGCAGCUGACGCAUCCAAUGCGGUGCCGGCACUGGAGGUGCCUCUAGCUGGUGGGCGGGCUGUGCUGUCUCAGAAAUGGGGCCCUUUGUGCAGCGUUGGCGUCCAAACGUCACCAGGUCUCCGCUCGCUUCCGUCAUUGAAGAAGAGGACUCCAACAGUCAGUACGGCCAACGGACCGACUGCCGAAACCAUGUCGCUAGACCGGGUGAGGCGUUGUGAAGUCAACGGAAGGCACGUUGUCAAGGCAGCUUCCAGGAACCAUGUGGCACAGGACAGGACGUCCCAGGAGAGUGAGGUGUACUGUCAAAUCAAAGCCAAUCCAAACCAAUCCGGGCAAAGAGGGAGUUUAAAAAGAAACCCUCGGUACGUUAACGGAAGUAUCGUUGCGCCCGAGGUGGUGGGCGGAGUUUGUAGUGAAGGGGCAGAGUCUGAGGAAGCAAGACGGCAGAGUCAAACAAUGGUACGUGAAUGUAGGCGGGGUCAGUCGCUGAAAGGGGAGGCGGCCAGGCCAGCCGCUGGCUCAUACACCACGCCCCCUCGGCCAUGUCGCGUGAUGACGUCAUCGCCCAGACUGUGCGCUAGCUGUGGGCGGAGACAGUCUCAAGCCCCGCCCUGCAUGGCGCCCGCUUGUCGCAAACGAGCUGCCAGUCAGGUUCAAGCGAGCAUGACGCUUCCGACGCCGCCGAGGAAAAGCUGUUCGCCUCGCUUGCAGAAAAGAAACUCAACGGUUGGACAGCCAACGUAUGCGCAAAUUCCCAAUCACACUACGCAAAACGCAUGCUCCACCCCUUCACAAUUCAACAAAAAAGAUGCGAAAACAGAGGCAUCGGCGCAGUUUGAAAAACCCAAUAAUGACUCGACGACGCACAAAACGCAACACACGCAAACACGAGUCAAAACAGAAUCAACCACACAACAUGCAUUGCAAGAUGCAAAGGACAAGUGUGCGACUACGCAAACGCACAAAUCUGCCACGUCUAAAACGAUUGGCAGUGAGUCCCAAGCCACGCCCACUCCUCCACCCAAGAAAGACUUGAAACCAAUACAGAUCAAAUGUAAACCAGCACCUCCAGAGCUUCUGAUUGGCUCAGGGGCGGAGCCUAAGCCACAAACCCCACCCCCUCCUCCAUCAGAACCUAAAACUGAGACAGAAACGAACUCUAAAGACACCCACCCACCUCCAACAGACGAUAUCCCACAAUGCAACGGUGCACCUGGCGUUCUACACGGACUUUUGCAGAAUGUAGAAGAAAACCUGCUGUAUAAUCAGGAAAAGAUCAAAGUUCUUCUCAAUGUCAUUCAGGAUCUGGAGAGGAACAAAGCAAUGAGUGAAGGGCGUUGUUCUUACAGAACAGGCCAGGACAUCAACAACUGCUCAACCUGCCAGAAAACAGCCUGCAUUAUAUACAGUGUGGAGCACGACUUCCGUGUGCAGGAGGGAAGAUUUCAAAGCAUUCUGGAAGCCUUGGAUGAAGCAGAGUAUGAUGUUCCCGCCCCUGUCCCAAAGCCCGCCCACAUACGCCCUCGAACCAAGAGCCGCGUCAAGAAACUGCGAAAGAAGUGUUUCUGGUGGCUUUAGAGAACCACUGCCAUGGAUAUCUACUGCAGUUUAGAUUGCCACAGAAAUUCAUAAUUUUGUUUGUUUGCAUUCAUGGAAAAUGCCACCAGCAUCACCGCUGUGGUUAUGAUGUCGAAAAACCAAACUUAUGGACGUAUAUGUUUCGUAACACAGUCCAGGUUAAAGGAUUUGUUAAAAAACGUUACUCUUACUGAACGGAUUAUGCUUUGAAAUCAUUGUUACAUUGUGACAAACUUCUCAAAGCCACGGCUGAACCAAAAGCUCAUCUGACAUCCUGAAAACUUGAGGACAAUUUAAAACCCAAGGAGACCCACAAGACCUCGCAUCUAGCCAGUCAAUAAAUCCCCUUCAUAGUGUCUGACAGAGGCAGAACGCAGUCGAUAUCCCUCUUUACGCUGAUGGACGGAGUGUUAUCCUGAUGGAGAUUCUCUGUCUCAUCUCCUCGUCAACGUUCUCUGACCUUUGUGUGUGGAUGGCUUUCGUCCCCGACUAAUGAAUGUCUAGCGCUCUGUUCCCAAACCUAGCGAUCUGCCUACCUACACAGCAUUUUAAGUAACCAGUAGUUGAGCUCCCCAUGCGGAGGCAGCUUCAAAUUGGGUCGUCUUAUGAGAUGCAACCACACUGCAUUGUCCUUAAUGGAAAAAUCCAAGUUCUUACACUUACUGCUUAAACAAAUAGUUCACCCAAAAAUGGACAUUUGAUUCAAAUGAACUCACCCUCAGGCCAUUCAAGAUGUAGAUUAGUUUGUUUCUUCACUGGAACACAUUUGGAGAUAUGUAGCAUUACAUGACUUGCUCACUAAUGGAUCCUCUGCAGUGAAUGGGUGCCGUCAGAAUGAGGGUCCAAACACUCAGCUGAUAAAAACAUCACAAUAGUCCAGAAGUAAUCCACACAACUCCAGUCCAUCAAUUACCCAGCAGGCACACAACGUCAUAAGACAUUGAUAUUUGGUGAAAUUUUUGUUGCGACAUCGGGUGACCAAAAUUCAAUGUCAAUUCAACAUCUAAUGUCAAUGUUAAUUUGAUGUCCAACACUGACAUCAGCUUAUGUUGAUAUUUGUUGUUUUUAGGUUGUGUAACCAAAAUCCAACAUUAAGUCGACGUCAAAUUGGCAUCAAAUACUGACGUCAACCUGGCGUUAUAUUGACGUCCCAUGCCUGCUGGGUAAUGGUCUUGUGAAGUGAUUAAGAUAUUUUUACUUCAAACUGUUGCUUUUGGCCAAAAUACAAGUCCAGAAUCCAUAAUAACGCUUCCUCCAGUGAAAUAGUAUUUUCAAAUGUCCUCUCACGUCAAAAUCUACACACACAUUUGUUAACUAUUUUGGACAAUUUUCACUUGUAAACGGUGCAUGAUCUGUGCAUAUGUCUCUCCUCAUUCAGACGAGACUACUUUUUUACUGGAGAAAGCGCUAUUAUGGACUAUAGACUCGUAUUAAAAACUUAACUUCAAACAUGCAGCUUUUCACUUGACAAGACAUUAAUUUAUGGACUGGAUUACUUGUGGAUUAUUGUGAUGUUUAUAUCAGCUGUUUGGACUCUCAUUCUGACGGCACCCAUUCACUGCAGA